AUGGCGCCAUUGUCUCUGGCACGAGCGCGAUGCGAGGGUGCUUCACGUUCGCCGGGAACUGCAUCGCUCUCUUCUUUGGAUCCUCCUGAGGUUAGCCCCGCCCACACUGAGUUAGCCUCGCCCCCUGGGGUACUUGGCCCCGCCUACACUGAGUUAGCUACGCCCCCAAGGGUACUUGGCCACGCCCACAGAAAGUUAGCCACGCCCCCUGGCGUACUUGGCCCCGCCCAUAGAGAGUUAGCCACGCCCCCUGGGGUACUUGGCCCCGCCUACACUGAGUUAGCCACGUCCCCUAGGGUACUUGGCCACGCCCACAGAGAGUUAGCCACGCCCCCCGGCGUACUUGGCCACGCCCACAGAGAGUUAGCCACGCCCCCCGGCGUACUUGGCCCCGCCCAUAGAGAGUUAGCCACGCCCCCUGGGGUACUUGGCCCCGCCUACACUGAGUUAGCCACGCCCCCUAGGGUACUUGGCCACGCCCAUAGAGAGUUAGUCACGCCCCCUAGGGUACUUGGCCACGCCCAUAGAGAGUUAGUCACGCCCCCUAGGGUACUUGGCCACGCCCAUAGAGAGUUAGUCACGCCCCCUAGGGUACUUGGCCACGCCCAUAGAGAGUUAGCCACGCCCCCUAGGGUACUUGGCCACGCCCACAGAGAGUUAGCCACGCCCCCUGGCGUACUUGGCCCCGCCCCAUGUUAG